CUAAAUUCUCCAUUAAAGUGGCUUGUGAGCCAGGGGCGGAUCCAACGUGGGUUAAUGAACCCACUGAUUUUUUUUAAAAAAAUAGAAUUUUUUUUUUAAUUUUAAAAAAAAAACAAAAAGAGAAAAAGUGUUAAAUAGAAUAUUUGUAUGAUAUAUUUCAAGAAUUAAAGCUGCAGCCCAGCGGUUUUUUUUACCUCAGCCCAGACGCCACUGCCCCGCUGCCCGCACGCAGACCGGCGACCGCCUCACCGUUCCCGGCGCUACGCAAGCCAGAACCCACAUCGGAGUCCAGGCCCUCCACCGUGUCACCGUGAGCUGUUGCGGAUUUGCGCCUUUGCGGCCUUGCGUUGCCCACUUUGCCGGUUUCCUUGAAGGCUUUAAUUAAGUCGAUUAGAAGGGGAUAAUCAGUGCUCGGUGCUCCACUGCUCCGUCAUCCACUCAUCCAUAUUUCGUGGCUCUGUAGAAUACUCUGUAAUAGAUAAUUUGUCAGUGGGUAAUGUCUGUGAGGUGGCCAAGGUUACUGAAUCCAACUCAGCUCGCACAGAUUAUACGACAGCAGAAGAAUCCGUUUACUGCUUUAAAGAUCUUUAAUGAAGCCAAAGCCAAGUAUCCCAAUUAUCGUCACAAUGGUGUUGUCUAUGCCACCAUGAUUAAUAUACUCGGGAGCUCAGGUCGUUUCGAUGAAAUGAAACAAGUAAUUGAACAGAUGAAAGAUGACUCGUGUGAGUGCAAGGAUGCAGUUUUUGCAGGUAUAGUUAAGACGUAUGCAAAAGCUGGAUUGCUUGAUGAUGCCGUUUCUUUAUUCAGAAGCCUUCCUCAAUUUAAUUGUGUGGCUUGGACAUCAUCUUUCAAUACACUUUUAGAGAUUAUGGUAAAGGAGUCUAGACUUGAGGCUUUCUAUCGUCUUUUUAAGGAAAAUUCUCGUGGUUGGGAAGUUAAGUCUAGGAUUGGAUCGUUGAAUUUGCUAAUGGAUGCUCUAUGUCAGAUCAAACGCUCAGAUUUAGCACUGGAGGUUUUUCAAGAGAUGAACUAUCAUUGUUGUUAUCCCAACAGAGAAAGUUAUAGGAUUUUAAUGAAAGGCCUCUGUCAAGAUGGCAGGCUAUACGAGGCCACUCAUUUGUUGUACUCUAUGCUUUGGAGGAUUUCUCAGAAAGGUUGCGGAGAUGAUAUAGUAGUAUAUAGAAUUUUGUUAGAUAGCCUAUGCGAGAAUAAACAGAUUAGCGAGGCUUUAGAAAUUCUUGGGAAAAUUUUAAGAAAAGGCCUCAGAGCUCCCAAGAUUCGCACCAAACUCAAAGAUCUUAGCCAUCUUCGGGAUACUGAAGACAUAGAGCAGGCUAAGCUUUUGAUCAAUGAAGCUUUGAUUGGAGGUGCCGUCCCUAGCUCAGCUAGUUACACUGCUGUGCUUACCGAUCUCUACAAUGAAGGUAAAAUUUCCGAGGCUAACAAAGUGCUUGAUAAAAUGCGUGAAAAGGGUUACCGACCAUCACUGAGGAUAUAUGAAUCAAAGGUAGCAGCGUUGUGUAUGGCUGGUAGAGUCGAUGAAGCUGGUCAGACGAUAGAAGAGGAAAUGCUGAAGAAGGAUUGUGUACCAAAUUCUCUGGUCUAUUGCACUGUUGUAAAAGGCUUCUGUGAUGAGGGUAAGACAGAUUUAGCCAUCAGGUUUCUGGAAAAGAUGGAUAGGCAGAAAGGUUGCUCACCUGACAAGGAGACGUUCAGUGUUAUUGUUAAUAGAUUGUGUCAAGAUGAGAAGUUUGUUGAGGCCAGUAAGAUUAUGGAAAAGAUGUUGAGUAAAUCUUUUUGGCCUGAGUCGAUUACUUUUAGUGCUGUUAUUAGAGGUCUUUGUUCAAUAGACAGAAUGUAUGAGGCUGUAAUGUGGUUGGAAGAGAUGAUCAGUCAGGGUAAGAUACCUGAGUCUUGUAUAUGGAGAGUAUUAGUAGCUUCAGCUAGUUGUAACACUGAUGAGAUUCGUGAUUGCGUUGAUUUGCUGGAUUAUCUGAGAACUUAAAUCUUUGUCUUAGUACAACUUUAUAAAGUAUAGAAUUCUUUCAAA